AUGAGUGCCGCGUCGUUAUCCUCAUUUACUGGCAUGGCUCCAGCUAUGCUCCCUAACAUAGUUGCCCAACUCCGUGAGGAGUUCAUUCCACUUAUUACCACACUUGAGGGCGUAAACAACACCCUUAAUCAUACAUAUUUAAUUGAACUCAUCUUCACACUGGUGAACUUUGAUGCCUUUCUGCGUCCCGAAGAACGUGAUGCCUUCAUGCGUGCUUCUGAUAAGCUUCUUAGUGAUUUAAUAAAAGACCUUAAAAAGGUCAAGGAAAUGCUAAAAUUUCUAGAAGAGAACAAGCUCUUUCUCACGGAAGUUAUAGAUCGUUGUACAUUACUACAGGAUAUUUGCGAGACCAAACUAAAUGAAAGUCAAGAGUUACCAACAAACCUAUCCUACAGGGAGGAUAAAAGAGCCAAUAUUACAAAAGUCAAUCUGAAUAAUAAUAUUAGUGACAAUAUUUCCCCGUGUGCUCAUUUGAUGAAUCAUUCAAGUGAUAGCAGUUCUCACGAUCACAAGCAGUGUCCAGGCACUGCUUCCUAUGCAUAUACCUCCCAAUGCACCACACCAGCCCACCACUAUCAUUCACAAGGCUUAUUUUCACCGACGAAUGGUUUGGACACUGCUUCGAUGCAAAACAAUCUCCUGUGGAAUAUCCUGUUCGCAACGCACCAUGCGACAAAGGAUAGCUUCCGUUUUAACAUAGCAUGCCGAUCUGCGUUUCAAUCUUCGACUAAGCGGUCUAAGGAUUUCGAGACCACACAGUUACCCCAAGGGAAAGACACAUUCCAUCCUCAUAGUGAUAAAAAACGUGAUAAUCCCGCCGGGGCUUCGCUGCUGCGCCAGCAUCUUGACCUCUUGCUGUAUACUUUGCACUCAAGUACUGCGAAUGCCACUCAAUUCCAUAGUAGUUUCGGUGAAUCUACCCCUCCUGAUGACAAGUUUCUAGCCUCUCUGCGUGACUUUUUCUUUCUCCCUGAUGCUGAAAAGCUACAGGGCAAAGAGGGGAAUGGAUCUCUUUCUUUGGUGGAGUCACAUGUGACUUUAAUGAAAAACACCUGGAAGAAAUGUAUGUGGGAGAUUUUGAAUGGUAUUUUUUUUGCAGAUGAUUUGCUGCUGGUUGGUAUGCUUCUUUCCAUGCCAAUUGACCUUCUCUUUGCUUCUGAUCACAAUAUUCGAAAUAACUUUGAUUUCUUUAUAGCAGCUCAAAAAGCAUCGGGCUUGAUGAAUUCUGUUGGUCGUCAAACAACCUCACCAAAUUCCCCCCCUUCAUUUGUGAUAGAGGCGGCGACAGCAGCUGCUACUACUCAUGCGGCAGCCUGGGAAAAAAAUAACAGUUUACAUAAUACUAAUACCAUCCCCAAGAGUUUCCAACCCUCCAGUUUAGAUGCGACUCAUCUGUUGUCUGUGCUUGGUGGAGUUGAUCCUGUACGGUGGGAGUUUUGGACUGUCAUGCAGGCAAUUUUUACUGUGUUAAUGGAUGAACUUUUGGGGAAAAGACCCUCAGAUAAAGGUAUAACUUCAAGCUGUAAAAAUUCAUCGGCGAAUGAUAGGCGUCUAGGUGAAAUGAAUGAGAACCAGCACCAACCAGGUGUAGACAAACGCCACGUGAGCCAAAGUCCUAAUAGGAUGACAGAUAUCCACACCUCCCAAUAUUUGCAUUCGUCGGAGAUGCUACGACAGGGGUUUGAAUCGAAGGAUUGUUCCCCAUCUGAUCAAGAUCUUGCCACUUGCUGUCCUGAAAAUGAUGAAUAUGAUGCUGCAAUGACAUCAGUGUCUAUGUUAGAACCUGAGAGGAUAGGUCAAACAGAUCCAGUUAGUAAUGUUCAUCUGCCUUCCGUGGGAGCAUUAGGCUUAUUGAAGAAUGUUUUCUGUCCUAACCUCCGCUGCUACGCGGUCGGCGCCCGCAAUUUCAUGACCGCGGCCCCUCUUUUGGCAGCGCACGCCGCGACGGCUUCAGUUGCCUCUGUUGUUUCCGCAGCAGCAGCAGCGUCUGCAAAGACGCCUUUGCGGUCUCAGGUUUCAGAAGCUGAGACUGCUUUUGAACCAAGCCACCCUCUAGAUACUCCUAACUCUACGUUGUGUCCUUCCAACAACCAGGACCAGAAUACACGUGAAAGCAUCGGGAACUUGGGUAUGGGAAUCCGUUCGCAUUCGAGUAUGGAUUCUUUUAAUAUUCUUUCCCACCAUAGUUACACAAGUUCAACCACACCAGCAAGUUCAACGCCUUUACUAAGCCCUAAUCUAUUUUCAUUUUUCUCAGAUUCAGGGCUGUUGACAGAAAACGUGGAUGAUAAUGCUAGCCAUGAAAACGAUAACAUCCGUCCCGUGGAUGUUCUUGUGUAUGCUUUCAUUACUGCAAUUCACUCCCAGCUUCAGCAGUGCAUACCAAUAUCCCAAGAGUCAGAUGCCCUGCGUGGGACCUACGAGCAAUCCAAUACGACUUACAAGGGAAAGGCGGAAAUCCAUCCAAUCAAGGAAGAGCGUACUGAUGAAACUCCACUCUUGACGCCAUAUGUGACGGGCGACUCCACCCUGUUCCCUUUGCACAUCGAUAGCAGCCACACUGUAGCCGACUUCGAUGGACAUGCAGGCCGCAGUCAAGAGACCGGGGUCCCGACAAGCGGCGUAAAAAGAGGCGGCCUUUUCUCAGCGGGGGGAUUCGCCGUGUGUGACCUGGGCUAUGGAUUACCAGCCUGGGACGGGGCGCAGCGGCGGCGUGCCUGCGGCAGGAUCUCCCUCGUGGCUUCCAUGCGCGACGUCCUAGCCCAGCUUCUUUCCGACAUCAAUUCUACCAUCUUGACAGCGAAGUCCAUGGAGAAUCAGCUUGAGGGUGAGAUCACCUUGCUCACGUUCCGAAUCGUGAGCACGAUCGUGGAUUGGCUGAUCCCGGCGGUGUACCUUGUAGAUAUGCGCAUAUGGCUCUUCUAUCGCAAAUGGUUGUGCGAUUUGUAUCAACUUCUUCAAUUGGAAGGGCUCCUGGAACGAUUUUCCACCAUUCUUAAUCGCUGCAGCGGCUUCUGUAUGGUGAACCUGGACAAGGACCCGGAUACGUAUUUUUCACCAAAGGGCACUAACAAUCCGGAAAUGAAAGGAACCGAGGAAUCUUCAGGUGUGCAGGAAGGGUGCUCAGACAGUCAGGGCAAUCCCAGUUCUUGCUAUAAAGUUGAUUCCGUUUAUGAAAAGACACCUGACUCGUUGACGACACCGGGGGAGGGAAUGUUUACCGAUAGUUCGUCCGCUAAUGUCUUCCAAGAGGGGGCAGGCGGUAGGCAUUCUAGGCCUCCUAAUUACUCUGUUCAUAGUGAGCCUUGUUGCAAUACGGGCGACAGCAGUGACAUAAAAUCCCUACAUAGUGUCAAGUCAAAGCAGUCAAAAAAACAGCGUACUACGCAGCAGCAGCAGCGGCAGCGGCAGCCACUGCUUUAUGGUACAAAACUUCAUAGAUCCAGUAGUAGUACUUACAACUUGCCCAGAACAGACAUCUCAUCUUCAGGAUUAAUUACACGACAGUUACAUCUGACGCCCACUAGCAAGACAGCCUCUACAGCAGAGCGCCACUGUAGACGCGAAGGCUUAGACAUCAAGCCUGCCGUAUCACUUCGGGUGACUCCUUCACCGUGUACUAAACUACCUCAUCAACAUCGGCAAGCCUCAUCCAGGAAAAAAUCGAAGUAUACUGACUCGACAAAAGGUUUGAAAUCUCCAUCAAACCUGUUUUCAGCCUUGGGAAUGCCUAAUUCAGAGAGAACGCUAAGUGACCCAAUGGAUAAUUGCCAUCUUACCACUAACGAGCAGUUUAUUGAGUCACCCGUAGUUUUAGAAAGUUCUAUUCACACCGACCCGUGCCCUGAUGGCAAGGACGUAAUGCAGUUGUCAAGGAAAGCAAACAAUUCCUUUUAUCUGUAUACCCAAACGGCGCUAGUUGUUCCAGGAUGUGGUCUUCCUCUCCUGCAGCAGUUACAGGGGGGUGGGCCAUGCAUUGGGACUAAACAAGUCGACUCUACCUCAGGACGGGGAAAAGGUGGUUCCUCAGAAAAUGCCAUGGCUGCGGCAGUCACCACAGCGUUGUUGGACAAGGGCACUGUCAUACCACUCCCAAAAAAUUACAUGCUAACCCGCCUCAUCGCAGCCAUGGUGCGUGGCAUGGAGACAGAGGCGGUACGCUCACUGCUUGGUGCUUUCGUUGGCCCUUCCCGCGAUUCUUUUUUACGAGAGGCAAAGAAUGAAACAGGUGAACUCAUGCAGUCUUAUGAUCGUGAGAGCCAUGCUUCUAGGCCCCUUGCAAGCGGAGAUCGUGCUAUCAGAAGAAUUUCAAGCGAUAUGGAUACUACGAACCGGUCCAUUCAUUUUCAGAAGAUGAAUGUAUCCACCACACAGAACCUACGAAGUUUGCCAAGCUCACCUUCCUCACAUCGUUUUGACGGGACUACCGAAUUUACCCAACUAAUGGAAACACAUUUAAGUAGAAACUUCUCAUCAGUCUUCACAGGAAGCGGUAAGAGUAUUGCCGUUGGGGAGCCAUCCACAGGCAUUCGAGCACCUCGAUCCGCUUUGAACCUGAACGAGGGCCCUGGACUGGUGCACCAUCAUCGCUUUCGGUACCCUGUUAUUUGGGACUACAACGAUGUUGUGACGCUCUAUAUGAAUACUCUGCAUGAUGCCGAGGUUAUGUUGUCUCCGCAUGACCCCAUCCGCGCGGCGCUUGUACAGAAUACGGUUGGGUAUAUGUGUCUUGAUAAUAAGAACCUUCGGCAAGCUCUGGAAAUUCUGGAGUAUUACCUAAACGAUGUCAGCGAGGAGCGUGUACAAGGGCCAAUCACUAAAUCGGUUACAUUGGGACGAGCUGACGGUGCUGUGGCGGUUUCCACAGCCCAAAAGGGGACCCCUGUUUCGACAAGGCUGACUUUAGGUGAUCCCAGCACCUCCCCCAAAACGCUCCCUACCCAACCUAAAUUAUCUACCAGGAAUCCAAUAUCUCCUUUAAUAGUUGACUCGCCGGGAAAAACUAUCUUUUCAUCGCCUUUGUCUUUCCCUAAUAAAUCGAAAACAUUUUCUAUAACACCGGCCAAUUCUGUUUCUACCAUGGGCGACAAUUUCGGACAUUUGUCUUCAUCUACUCCGUCGACCCAACCCAAGCAGCUGCAAGAGGUACCACAAGUGGUACCAUCAUGGGAGACGACCGUUGAGAGAGAUCAAUUUAUUUAUGUCCUGAGCCACCUUCGGCAUAUUCAUGAAAAGCUGAAGCGCCGCGUUGACGUCGUGUAG